GCCACGCUUUAAAUUUGUUUAAUGCUCUGUGAUUUUCAGACCUGAGGCGGAAGUUGGAAAACGUCGACAUUCUCGUGUUUGGUGUGUGCGUGUGCGUGCGUAGCGGUGGGCGAGCGAGCCAGUGAAGCGAUGGCAGGGGAAGAGCAGACACUCAAAGAGGAAUGAGAACUUGUCGGGGAUGGCGGACAGACCUCUGACACUGUUUGUGAAGCUGUUUGCCGCUGGAUUUUACGGCGUGAGCUCGUUUCUCAUCGUCGUGGUGAACAAAAGUGUCCUCACCAAUUACAGGUUCCCUUCUUCAAUAUGUGUCGGAAUUGGACAAAUGUUGGCCACAGUGGUUGUUCUGUGGGUGGGCAAGGCUGCGAGGGUGAUCAGCUUCCCAGACUGUGAUGAGAGCAUACCUCGCAAGACGUUUCCUCUACCUCUCCUUUAUGUGGGAAAUCAAAUCACUGGUCUGUUCGGAACCAAAAGGCUAAAUCUGCCGAUGUUUACUGUCCUCAGGAGGUUCUCCAUCUUAUUCACAAUGCUGGCUGAGGUACUUCUUCUCAAGAAGAAAUUCUCCAGGCCAGUCCAGCUGACAGUAUUUACAAUGAUCCUCGGGGCGUUCAUAGCCGCAAGUUCAGACCUGUCCUUUGACCUGCAAGGCUACGUGUUCAUUCUCAUGAACGACGUGCUGACUGCAGCCAACGGAGCCUAUGUGAAGCAAAAAUUAGAUGCAAAGGAGCUGGGGAAAUAUGGAUUGUUGUAUUAUAAUGCGUUAUUUAUGAUAAUUCCCACUCUACUGUUGGCUCAUGUGACUGGAGAUAUGCAGAAGGCGGUGGAAUAUGACGGUUGGUCAGACAUGUUUUUCCUCGCCCAGUUCAUCCUCUCUUGCAUCAUGGGGUUUGUUCUGAUGUAUUCUACUGUGCUUUGUACACAAUACAACUCUGCAUUAACAACUACGAUCGUGGGCUGCAUCAAGAAUGUCCUGGUGACAUACAUUGGGAUGGUGUUCAGUGGAGACUACAUUUUCUCUUGGACUAACUUCAUAGGUUUGAAUAUCAGUAUUGCGGGCAGCCUGGUGUACUCUUACAUCACUCUCACAGAGGAGCAGUCCAAUAAAGCAAGUGAAAACGCCAAGCUGGACAUCAAGGGCAAGGUGGUUGUAUGACGGACACACUGGAUUUUAUUUUUUUUAUGCUGAUGAACGAGAAAACUCUAUUUUUAGUACGACUUUUAUUUAUGGAGUAUUUUAGCAGCAAGGGCGUGGCGUGAUGGGAAUAAUGUUGGGGGAAACCUCUUUCUGUGUUUGUGUGGAAAUGGAGCCACACCGUCACCACGCCUCUCUUGCCGCUGCCAUGGUUAUGAAUGCUCCAGAGGGAUUGUGGGUUGGUUUUUAGAUGGUGUUUUCUUUUUAAAUAUUUGUAUUUUGAUACUGUACAUGUGAGCGUCGAGAACAAGGGAACAUGGAACCAAUAUUAUUUAUAGUUAUUUCCUGACACUUAGGCAAACUGAAAGUUAAAAGUUGGGAUGACAUGUUUUACUGAAUACAAGAGUGAACAGCUGGAAUUAUCAGUUACUUAAGCAUGGGUGUGUACUGAUGAAUCUUGGGACUAUUAAAUAUUAUAUAAUUACAAUAAUUAUUUUGAAGGCACAAUCCUUAUUUAAUGGCAUUUUCUGUUUUGCUGUUAACGAGGAAUGUGACUUUAGAUGCCUUCUAAGCACGGUGAGAUGCACUGACACUCAUUAUCUAUUGUCUCAGUCUGUAGUAUAAUUUAUUAUUUCUGCGCAUACACUUAUAAGCUUGUUACAGACGAACGGUGAUGCCAGUCUAGCCUGGGAAAACCGUGACUAACUUCCGGCGAAU